AUGGCAGAGAAGGUAUCCACGUUGAUCAUUGAAGCCAACCUCGAAUGCGAGAAAUGCUACAGGAAGAUUCAGAAAGUGCUAUGUAAACUCCAAGAGAAGGAGAAGAUCAGGACCAUCAACUUCGACACCAAGAAGAACACGGUGACCGUCUCCGGCCCAUUCGACCCGGUGAAGCUGUCCAAGAAGCUGCGAUGCAAGGCGUGCAAGGCUAUCAAGGACAUCAAGAUCAUCGAAGAAAAGAAGCCCGAUGCCAAGAAGCCGGAGGAGAAGAAGCCAGAGGAGAAGAAGCCCGAGGAGAAGAAGCCGGCCGCCGAUGGCUGCAAGUGCUGCUGCAAGAAGCCCGAUGAGAAGAAGCCGGAUGAGAAGAAGAAGGCCGACGAGAAGAAGCCGGAAGAAAAGAAGGAAGAAAAGAAGGAGGAAAAGAAGGAAGAAAAGAAGAAGACGGAUGAGAAGAAGGGCGAGGAGAAGCCCAAACCGGCCGCGCCGGCGGCACCGUCGACGACGGUGAACCUGCAGUUCACGCAGAUGUGCAACCUCUGCUACCCGUGGCCGUGCAGCGACCCGAGCCACUGGGGAGGCGUGCAUCAGUACCCGCAUCCCCAGCAGCCGCAGUGGCCGUGCGAGCCGCCGCAGAUGCCGGCCUACCCCGCCCCGCACCACCCUCAGCACCCGCCCUGGGCGGUGCCGGCGACCCCGAAGAGGCAGACGUGCGGAGGCCCGGCGUACUGCAGAGGAGGGUGCGGCUCGUGCGGCGGCGGCGGCGGUGGCGGCGGGUACGGGGCGUGGCCGCCGCCGAUGCCGACGCCGCUGCAGAUGAUGCAGCCCCCGCCGAUGGGCUGCGGCGGGCCGGCGUCGUCGUGCAGAGGGUGCAAGGGCUGCCGGAUCGUGCAGGAGGGGAGGUUCAUCUACGAGGAGUACCCGCCCAGUGCGUGCACUGUCAUGUGA